UCUUGGCAGCAAGAUCUGAGUCAUAAAGAAAGUGAAGCAAAGGCAGAAGGCAGGGUGACAAGGGCAGGGCUGGGACAUGGAGCAGCAGUGACCCCCGAAGAGGGAUGUCAGUGCUAUGGAUGUAGCGACGGUGACCAUUCCAAGCUCAGAGCUCAAGGAUAUUUCCUAGGGUCGUUUGUGACUUCUGAUUGCGGGGAGAGAGCAGGAAAUGUCUGCAAUGCAAUGCGUGCUGGGAAGAGGAUGAGUCUUUCAUAGCAGGGCAACCCAACGAUGCCGAGUAUAUUCUCCUACCUGAGCUCUGAAAUUGACUGGUGUGAAAACAACUUUGUGCGCUCGCCGAUCAUCGCAGAGUACUACAACACGGUCAGCAAUGUAUGCUUCUUCAUCCUUUCGGCUGCCCUGCUCCACCUGAACCGGCAGUACUGCCAGCAGCGCACCGUGCCCAUGUACUUCAUCUCUGGCCUUCUCCUCUGCGUAGGUAUCUUCUCCAUGUACUUCCACAUGACUCUGAGUUACGUGGGACAACUCUUGGAUGAGCUCUCCAUCCUCUGGACGCUGGCUGUGGCAUAUUCGUUUUGGUACCCAAGGGCUCACUUCCCCAGGUGCAUCAAAAGCAGGAAGCAAUUCUACUGGUUGGGUGGUGUCACCACCGUGAUCACCACCUUGAUGUCCUUCAUCAAACCAUCCAUCAAUGCCUAUGCACUCAACUGCAUCGCCUUCCACCUGCUGUACCUGACCUGGCGCGAGCUGAAAAAGUGCAAUGACCAACGUGUUCACCGGAUGGCCAAAGCCAUGGUGGUGUGGUGGGUGCUGGCCAUCACCAGCUGGUUAAGUGACAGAUGGCUUUGCUGGCUCUGCCAGGCUAUCAACUUCCCUUAUUUCCACAGCUUCUGGCACGUGCUGAUAGCCGUGUCCCUCCUCUACUGCUUCCCACUGGUCAUGUACUUUGACGUCACCUACGAGAUGCCAGCAUUCAAGCCAAAACUGGGAUAUUGGCCCAGUGACUCCUGGCCCAUCGUGGUGCCUUACAUUGCCUUGGAGGAGCCUCACAAGCAGUGCUAGAGCCAGCUGCGUCCUUCGGGCAUGGGGUGUGAUGCACACAUGUGCAUCUGCACGGGGAACACCUCAGCUGUGUGCCUGCUCCCUGGACAAGGGCGAUGUGGCUGGCGGAUGGGGCAGGGAGCAGCUGAGGCCCCGUGGUGCUGGGCGUGAAGGAGGGUGGGAGCCCACAAAUUAGGAGACUGCCCAGGCCAACGCUGGGGAGAUGAAGGUCUCCUCCUCCAGCUGAUGCUCACUGAGAAGGGGACAGUGCUACUUCUGUGUCCUCUGCAUUACUCAGGCUGUGGCACCUUUCGCUGACAAGGGCACAGCUGGAAAGACAGAAGCCAAGCUGGUGACAGAUGGGUUUGUUGGGGCUACUCUAAUUGUUAUUAUUAAUUUUAUUUAUUUAUGUAUAUGAUCUUGCUCAGGAGAAUUGUGCAUUAAAGCUAUGGACACUUA